AUGGGGAUUCAUUUCUACGCUACCUUCAUUGACCUAAAGAAGACCUUUGAUACGGUGGGUAACGGUGGAUUGUAGAAAAUCAUGCCGAAAUUCGACUGUUCUGACCGAUCCAGGCUCAUGUUACUUCCGCCCCACGACGGGAUGAUGAAGCGUCACGGACAUUGGAACCGUCUCUGAGGCAGUUGCGGUUGCCGACGGAGUAAUGUAAGGCUACCUAGUCGCCCCUACCCUUUUCAAUCUCAGGUCUUCUGUCAUGCUGAUGGACGUCUACCGUGUUGAGCACCCCGAGGACCACAUCGCCCACAGGUCUGACGGGCAUCUUCCCACCAGCCGGCGCGUGUAGGCGUCAACGCGUCUCUCCACGACCCGCUUUUCCCGGAUGACUGCACGCUCAAUACAGUGUCAGAAACUGACAUGAAACGGAGUAUGGACCUCUUCGCCAUCGGGUGUACCAACUUCUGACUGAAAAUUAACACGAACAAAACGAUGGUCAUGCAUUAGCCGCAACCCAACGCUGAAUACAGUGUUCCUUACAUCCUUACAAAACUGAAGACUGUGGACAACUUUGUCCACUUAGGCAACACACUCUCAUGCUCCAUCAAAAUCGAAGACGAAGUGACUCACCAGAUGUCCAAAGUCAGCCAAGUUUUCGGCCGGCUAGAGAACUCCGUAUGGGACAGCCACGGGCUCCAUCUGAACACCAAGCUGAAGAUGUAUAAAGCUGUCGUCCUGACGGCAUUUCUCUACGGAGCGGAGACCUAGACCGUUAGCUCCAGUCAUACCAGAAAUUUCAACUAAUUCCAUCUCCGCUGCCUCCGCAGAAUACUGAGGCCGAAAUGGCAGAAGAAGAUCCCGUACACGAAAGUCCUCGACCGGACCGGAAUUCGAAUCAUCCAAAUUAUGCCGGAACAACUACAACUGUGCUGAAGCGGUCGCCUGGUGGGGAUAGACGAUGCGCGAUUACCCACAUAACUCUUAUACGGAGCUGUCCUUACGCAUGCUCAAUGAUCCGGAGGACAAAAACGACGCCACGAGGACACUCUGAAGAACUAUGUGAAGCGGCCAGAGACCUGGAAGGUCCUCGCCCAGAACAGGCCGGCCUGGAGAAAAGUAGUGAUGACUGGCGCAGCAGUCUACGAAGCAAAUGAGAUCGCCGCCGUGAAGAUCGCAAGACUCCGGCGCCACUGACCCGCAACAUGUUCACUGAACCCCACCCAACAUGUCCGGGCUGUCAAUGACCAUUCUGCUCACAGAUCGGCUUCGUUGGUCAUCUUCGUGCCCGAUGCACCAAUCACAUAACAACGGCAACUGGUGCGUCUGUGACCGCCCCUGCUCCGACCUGCUCCGACCUCACCACCGUUGCUCUGAAGCUCCGUGCCCCACCACCAUCGAUCACCGCCACCUCUACCAUUUCUGCUAUAAUCAACGCGGCGACGAUGAACAUAAACACCUCUACCACCCUCGUCACUGACCAAAGCACCCCUGACGCAUCGUCAGGCACCAGCACCUCCACCAUCAUUGCCCCACCUACAGCGAUGUGGACUCGGUCCUAA